AUGGAGCACUUCCCGCGGGGCAUUGCUUUCACCAAAACCUGGCUCACCCCAGACGUUCUUGACCCUGAGGUCUCGCUCCCGGGGUAUGCGUCAUUCCGUUCGGAGCGUGCACAACCAAGGAUGGGUGGGGGCGUCACGCUGUUCAUUCACGAAAGUGUACCGGUUACUCACCUCUACAGCUACGAGGAUCUUGACGGUCAAGGAGAAGCGUUGUGGUGCAAAACCAAACUGUGCUACAACGGCCACACGACAAUAGGUGUCCGCUACAGACCACCAGCGACAGCCCCGGUGGCCAUCCUGGACGAUAGACGGCGAUGGGAUGGCGACGGCCACUGUUUGAUUUAG